AUACUUCAGUUUGGGAACUAAAGUAGCAGUUUCAAGCUCUAUCGCUACUUAAGAAGAUUAUGCAGAAAACAGAAUGAAGCAUAUUCAGUCUAGAACUGUGAGUAUAUCUGAUUGCUAAGGAACAACAUUAACGGAUACCACAGAGAAGGUUACACAAUAAUUGAUUACCCAACGAAGAAAAAGUCCCCGCCCUUUGGGAUACAAAAUUCCCUCAGAACACUGACACCUCGGUAAAUGACCACUGCAACCUAUCAAAUCAGAAUAAGAUAGGAACACAGACUGAAAUAUUCUAAGAUGUCCAACUCAAGCAUAAACGCUUCAGAAGACAACUGCACUUACAGCUCAGUAGUAACUACUCAUGUCAUUCCACUGGCUUAUGGAUUCAUUUUCAUAGGAGGAAUCCUGCUAAAUGGUGUAGCAGCAUGGAUUUUUCUACAUGUUCCUAGCAAGAAAAGCUUUGUCGUCUAUCUCAAGAAUAUUGUUGUUGCCGACCUUCUUAUGAGCCUGACUCUCCCCUUCAAAAUUCUUAAUGAUUCAGAAAUUGGGCCUUGGCAGAUCAAUGUUUUAGUCUGCCGAUUUUCAGCUGUUAUUUUUUACCUAAAUAUGUACGUUGGAAUAACAUUUUUUGGCCUCAUAGGGUUUGACAGAUACUACAAAAUUGUAAAGCCUCUGCUUACCUCCUUUGUUCACACAGUUAAUUACAGCAAGAUUACCUCUGUAGUCGUAUGGGCAUUGCUCAUGUUUUUAUCAUUUCCAAAUAUUAUUUUAACUAACCAAAGUCCUACAGAGAAUAAUUCCAAAAAGUGUGUAACUCUUAAAAGUGAGCUUGGUCUACAGUGGCAUAAGGCUUCAAGCUAUAUUUGCCUAGGAAUUUUCUGGACUGUGUUUCUUCUGUUAAUCAUUUUUUACAGUGCAAUAGCAAGAAAAAUAUAUAGUUCCUACAGAAAGUUCAGGAGAAAUUCAGCAGUAACUAGGGAAAAAAUCAAUCGCAAUAUAUUCAGCAUCAUGUUUGUAUUUGUCAUUUGUUUUGUGCCAUAUCAUCUUUGCAGACUUCCAUACACAUUAAGUCAAACUGGAUCUCAGUUCUCCUGUCAGUCAAGCAAAAAUCUGUACUAUGCAAAAGAAUUUACUCUGUUACUCUCCGCUGCAAAUGUGUGCCUUGAUCCCAUUAUUUAUUUAUUUCUCUGUAAGCCCUUUAGAGAAAAGUUAUACCAAAAACUGCAUCUCAAGUUGACAACUUUAGCUGAAAUAGAAAACUCUAAAUCCAGAAGGUCAAACAUUACAUGACAGCGUCAUUAUUUCAGAAAUUCACAUAUCUCUUAUAAGAUAUAGUAUGGAAAAUUAUUCCAGAUUGCAAAGCAGUUAACAAAGGAACUGGAUAAAUGAAGAGCAUGUGCAACAAUAAACAUGAGGUGUCAAUUUAAAAAGCAUUUCAGCUAUUUGUUUUCCAUAUUAAAAAGCAUUACCACAUGCUGUACUAUGCACUACUUCCAGAUUACUUCAAACUAUAACUUCUUACAAUGGAAUAUAUUAGCUGUUUGAGGCCUAGUACAGACAGGAGAAUGACUGGAGUAGAAAGCUGGACAUGCAGGUCUGGGUUCUAUGCGAGUGGCAAGGAUUAACCAGCAGAACUACGCAACAGCUGCAGCCCGUUAGUCUCCAUAACCCAACCUGGAGCACAUAAGAAGUACAAGCUAGCAACAAGGGCUUGGGAGUGACUGAAUAGCAAAGCUGGACAAAAAAUGUUGGACAAAGCUUAUUCAAUGAAAAAUGCAGUUUCAGUUGCCUUCCAAUUAUUCGCGAAUUUGACACAAAUAGUUUUGGGCAUUCACAAAAUGGCCAGAGGAGGAGGAGGAGAAAGAUGAGGAGGUAGUGACGCUGCUAGUGACACUAUC